AUGAAAGUUUGGGAAGUGGUGCGCGUCCUGAUUCUUGUGGCGUUGGCUGGAGUCGUCCACGGCGGUUUGUUCGACAAAGAUGACACCACUGAGGACGAGGUGUGCUAUGGGGAUCUCGGGUGCUUCAACACCGGCUACCCGUUCCUGGACCCGCCGUACCGCGCUGUCAGCGUCCUGCCGGAGUCCCCAGAGGCUAUCGCUACCACGUUCCAUCUCAACACUCGUAAGAAUCCCUCGCUGGCGCAGGUCCUGCUGAACACGGACAGUGCGUCCCUGUUGAACUCCUUCUUCGACCCCGCCAAGGAGACCAAGAUCAUCUGCCAUGGCUUCACCGAGAAUGGGGACAAGCAGUGGGUGGUGGACAUGGCCAUGGCGCUGCUGAAUUACGGGGACUACAACGUGAUCCGGGUGAACUGGAACGAGGGGUCGCUGGCCCUCUACUCCAAGAGCACGGCCAACACGCGGGUGGUUGGGGCGGAGCUGUCCCUGCUCAUCGACAGAAUCAAGGCAGUUUACAAUAUUACGGGCCAAUCGAUUCAUCUCGUCGGGCACAGUCUGGGUGGGCACGUCAUGGGCUACGCUGGGGAGAGACAAGGAGAUAUUGGACGCAUCACUGGUCUGGAUCCAGCCGGACCGUACUUCGAAGCCACCGACCCGCGUGUUCGCCUGGAUGAGACGGACGCUGUCUUUGUCGAUGUCAUCCACACCAACGUCAACCCGAUCUGGACUCUCGGCAUGGGCAUCUACCAACCAUCCGGGCACUUGGACUUCUACGUGAACGGCGGAGAUGACCAAACCGGCUGUGACCAGUCAGUGACUCAGGAUAUCAUCACAGAGGGCGGGUUCAUUGACGGUAUGGAACUGCAGUAUGACAGGGGAAUGAAGGAGACUGUUUCCUCCAAGUAG